CAGAGAGGAGCAGCAUGGUGAGGGAGGAGAACAUGACCGGGACCGAGAACAUGAACGGGACCGGUUCCGUUAACCGGUCUGAUGAGCUCAUCUUCUUCGUUAACGGCAAAAAGAUUGUUGAGAAGAACGCAGAACCUGAGAUGAACCUUCUGACCUACCUGAGGAGGAAAUUGCGUCUUACAGGAACUAAGCUGGGCUGUGCUGAAGGAGGAUGUGGAGCUUGCACCGUCAUGUUGUCCAGAUACCAAACACACACUCAACAGCUGACUCAUCACGCCGUUAACGCCUGCCUCGCACCGCUCUGCUCUUUACACCUGGUUGCCGUGACGACCGUGGAGGGCAUCGGCAGCGUGGCGCGAAAGCUUCACCCGGUCCAGGAGAGGAUAGCGAAGUCUCACGGCUCUCAGUGUGGUUUCUGCACACCAGGCAUCGUCAUGUCCAUGUACGCUCUGCUGAGGACGAACCCCAAACCAACCAUGGCCGACAUGGAGGAAGCCUUCCAAGGGAAUCUGUGUCGUUGUACCGGAUACAGACCGAUACUGGAAGGAUACAAGACCUUUACUGUGGAGGGGGGCUGCUGUGGAGGCCGGGGGCGGGACAACGGCUGCUGUAUGACCAAUGGGAACGCUCAGGAGGAACCAUCAGAGAACGCUGACGAUUCUUCUUCGUCUCUUUUUAACGCAGCAGAUUUUGAACCUUUUGACCCGACACAGGAAGUGAUCUUCCCUCCUGAGCUCAUGUCUCUGAGCAAAGGUCAGAGGUCGAGCUCGCUGUGUUUCCAUGGCGACAGGGUGGCGUGGAUGCAGCCGGACAGUCUGAGCGAGUUUCUGCAGCUGAAAUGGAAACACCCAGAAGCUCGAAUAGUGACAGGAAACACUGAAGUGGGUAUUGAGAUGAAGUUUAAGAACAUGUUGUAUCCGGUCAUCUUGGCUCCGACUUUCAUCCCUGAACUGAACGCAGUGACGCACACUGAGGAUGGCGUGGUGUUCGGUGCAGCGUGCACUCUCAGCCACAUGGGGGAGGUGCUGAGGCAGGCGGUGGCGACUCUUCCUCCUCACCAGACCGAAGUCUUCCUCGCCGUCCUGGAGCAGCUGCGUUGGUUCGCAGGGCAGCAGAUACGAAACGUCGCUGCUGUUGGAGGAAACAUCAUGACUGCUAGUCCUAUAUCAGACCUCAACCCUGUUUUUAUGGCUGCUGGCUGCAAACUCACACUGAUGGACAAAGACGGCAGCCGUGUGGUUCAGAUGGACGAUAAGUUCUUCCCAGGUUACAGGAAGACGAUUCUGCGCCCGCAAGAGAUCCUGCUGUCUGUGGAAAUCCCCUACAGCAAGAAGAGUCAGUUUGUCUCGGCCUUCAAACAGUCUCCUCGCAGAGAAGAUGACAUCAGCAUCGUCACCGCGGCGAUGAGUGUCACCUUCACCCCGGGAACCGACUCCGUGGAGGGCUUGAGGCUGAGCUACGGUGGCAUGGCGCCGACCACGGUGCUGGCGAAGAAGACGGCAAGCAAAGUGUUGGGAAGGCGGUGGGGGGAGGAGCUUCUGGAGGAGGUUUGCACCUCAUUGGCUGAGGAGAUGACCCUUGACCCCUCGGUGCCAGGCGGCAUGGUGACGUACCGGCGAACUCUGACCCUCAGCCUCUUCUACAAGUUCUACCUGACAGUCCUGCAGAAGCUCCGGCAGCAGGGUGUGGGUGUGGACGAGGUGAGGUCUGACUGUGUGAGUGCGACAGAGAUUUAUCAUCCAGAGACUCCGUCCAGCGUUCAGAUCUACCAGGCGGUGCCGGAGGGGCGGAGUCAGGACGACGUGGUGGGCCGACCUGUGAUGCACCUGUCGGCUAUGAAGCAGGCGACAGGUGAGGCGGUUUACUGCGACGACGUCCCGCUGUACGAGAACGAGCUCUACCUGUCACUGAUCACCAGCAGCAAGGCACACGCUAACAUCCUCUCCAUAGACACAGCAGCAGCACAGAGCAUGCCCGGCGUCGUCAGCUUCCUGUUUGCUGACGACGUUCCCGGCAGCAACGCCACCGGACCGAUCGCAUACGACGAGACCGUCCUCGCCGACCGCCAGGUAACGUGCGUGGGUCACAUCAUCGGAGCCGUUGUGGCCGACACGCAGCUGAACGCGCAGAGAGCCGCCAAGGCCGUCAAGAUCCAGUACGAAGAGCUGCAGCCUGUCGUCACCAUCCAGGAAGCCAUCGCUGCCCAGUCCUUCUAUGAGCCAAUCAGAACCAUCCAGAGGGGAGACCUGGAGGCGGGCUUUAAACAGGCCGACCACAUCCUGGAGGGUGAGAUGCACAUGGGAGGUCAGGAACAUUUCUACCUGGAGACGAACGUGAGUCUGGCGGUUCCUCGAGGAGAAGACGGAGAGAUGGAGCUGUUUGUGUCCACGCAGUCAGCCGCCAAGACUCAGUCUCUGGUAGCGAAGGCGUUGGGCGUCCCCGCUAACAGAGUGGUGGUGCGGGUGAAGAGGAUGGGCGGAGGCUUCGGGGGGAAGGAGAGCCGGACCACCGUCCUGUCCACCGUGGUUGCCGUGGCAGCAAACAAGCUGAACCGGCCGGUCAGGUGCAUGCUGGACAGAGACGAAGACAUGUUGAUCACCGGAGGACGACACCCUUUCUACGGGAAAUACAAAGUGGGUUUCAUGAACAGUGGGAAGGUUGUAGCGUUGGACGUGUCGUACUACAGCAACACAGGAAACUCCAUGGACCUCUCUCUGUCUAUAAUGGAGCGCGCUCUGUUCCACAUGGACAACUCGUACAACGUGGCCAGCGUGCGCGGCCGCGGCUUCAUGUGCCGCACCAACCUGCCGUCCAACACCGCCUUCAGGGGCUUCGGGGGUCCUCAGGGCAUGAUGAUCGCUGAGAGCUGGAUGACGGACGUGGCUCAGAGUCUGGGCCGGCCGGCGGAGGAAGUGCGUCGGCUCAACCUGUACGCCGAGGGAGACGCUACGCCCUUCAACCAGAUCCUGGACCAGUUCACUCUGGACCGCUGCUGGGACGAGUGUCUGGCUCGCUCCCAGUACGAGGAGCGCCGAGCCGCCAUACAGCUCUACAACAGGUAGGUUCCUUCCUUCCUUCCUUC